AUGGCUACACUAAACGACAUCGGAGUAGCAGCAGCGAUCAACAUUCUAACAGCGUUCGCAUUCUUCAUCGCCUUUGCGAUUCUCAGGCUACAACCUGUUAACGACAGAGUCUAUUUCCCCAAAUGGUACCUCAAGGGUUUAAGAAGCAGCCCUAUUCAAUCAGGUGGCUUCGUCAGCAAGUUUGUCAACCUCGAUUUCCGAUCUUACAUCAGGUUCUUGAAUUGGAUGCCUCAAGCACUUAGAAUGCCUGAGCCUGAGCUCAUCGAUCACGCUGGAUUAGAUUCUGUCGUCUACUUGAGAAUCUACUUACUCGGGUUAAAGAUCUUUUUCCCAAUAGCUUUUGUUGCGUUUGCUGUGUUGGUACCGGUUAAUUGGACGAACACGACGUUGGACAAGUUACAGAAUCUGACGUUCAGUGACAUUGACAAGCUCUCUAUAUCAAACAUACCAAAUGGAUCAUCAAGGUUUUGGACGCAUAUAUGUAUGGCUUACGCUAUUACUUUCUGGACAUGCUUUGUUCUAAAGCGAGAGUACAAGAUUAUUGGCUCCAUGAGGCUACAGUUUCUUGCUUCUGACCAAAGGAGACCUGACCAGUUCACAGUUUUGGUGAGGAACAUACCUCCAGAUCCUGAUGAAUCAGUGAGUGAACUUGUUGAGCAUUUCUUUUUGGUCAAUCAUCCAGACUACUACCUCACUUACCAGGCUGUCUACAAUGCUAACAAGCUCUCGGAAUUGGUUGAGAAGAGGAAGAAUUUGCAGAAUUGGCUUGAUUACUAUCAAAACAAACACUCUAGAAAUCCAUCUAAAAGGCCUCUCAUCAAGGUUGGUUUUCUUGGCUGUUGGGGUGAAAAAGUUGAUGCAAUCGAUCACUACACAGACAAAAUCGAGGGUCUAACAAGAAAAAUAAGUACAGAGAAAGAGACAGUAACGAGCAGCACAAAGUCGCUCGUGCCCGCGGCUUUCGUAUCAUUCAAAAGGCGUUGGGGAGCAGUGGUUUGCUCUCAAACUCAACAGUCAAGAAACCCAACAGAGUGGCUCACCGAGUGGGCACCAGAGCCACGAGACAUCUACUGGGACAAUCUUGCAUUGCCUUAUGUCCAGCUCACUAUCCGAAGACUAGUCAUCGCCGUAGCUUUCUUCUUCCUCACUUUCUUCUUCAUGAUCCCUAUAGCUUUCGUCCAGACACUCGCCAACAUUGAAGGCAUCGAAAAGGCUGUUCCUUUCUUGAAACCUCUCAUCGAAAUGAAAACAGUGAAAUCAUUCAUACAAGGCUUCCUUCCGGGGAUUGCAUUGAAGAUCUUUCUCAUCGUCCUCCCUAGCAUACUCAUGCUAAUGUCGAAAUUCGAAGGCUUCAUCAGCAAGUCUUCUUUAGAAAGAAGAUGUGCGAGCAGAUACUACAUGUUCCAGUUCAUAAACGUUUUCCUCUGUAGCAUCAUCGCCGGCACAGCGCUUCAGCAGCUUAACAGCUUCUUGAACCAGUCUGCGACCGAGAUCCCGAAGACGAUCGGUGUGUCGAUACCGAUGAAAGCCACUUUCUUUAUAACUUACAUCAUGGUGGAUGGAUGGGCAGGUGUUGCGGGUGAGAUACUGAGGUUGAAGCCGUUGAUAAUCUAUCAUCUCAAGAACUUCUUUCUUGUGAAAACAGAGAAAGACAGAGAAGAAGCAAUGGAUCCAGGAACUAUAGGGUUUAACACCGGUGAACCGCAGAUACAGCUUUACUUCAUUCUUGGCUUGGUUUAUGCAGCUGUUAGCCCUAUUCUUCUUCCUUUUAUCCUCGUCUUCUUCGCUUUGGCUUACGUGGUUUAUCGCCAUCAGAUUAUAAAUGUGUAUAACCAAGAGUAUGAGAGUGCUGGAUCGUUCUGGCCUGAUGUUCAUAGACGUGUAGUGAUUGCUCUGAUCGUGUCGCAGCUUCUUUUGCUUGGAUUGCUUAGCACGAAACAUGCUUCUCGUUCGACUCCAUUGCUGUUUAUACUUCCUGUGUUGACCAUUGGGUUUCAUAGAUUCUGCACAGGACGUUACCAACCUGUUUUUGUCAGAUACCCUUUACAGGAUGCAAUGGUUAAAGAUACGUUGGAACGCUUGAGAGAACCGAAUUUGAACUUGAAAACGUUUCUUCAAAAUGCGUAUGCACAUCCGGUGUUCAAAGCGGCGGAUAAUAUUGGGAAUGAGAUGGUUGUGGAGGAGCUGGCGCCUGAUCGGACGCCGGAAUUAGUGGCCACUAAACGAAGCUCAAGGAGAACGCAUAGUGGUGGCUCUCUUGAAAGUGGAAACCUUUAG